UAAAGAGCACAACAGAGACAGACCCAAACCAGAGAAUAUAUUAUACACGCCCCACGUGCGUGUUUUUGCACCCCCCCCCUACCCUACCCCCAGUCUCUCCCCCCUCGACAAUCACUGAUGACGGACAACUCGAGGAAAGACGCGAAAUAAGAGCGAACGAGCGGGGGGGAAAGAAGAAGAACCUGAGGACGGAUUUCUUUCCUCCACGGUAUUUUCUCUGGGACUCGAUUGCCAUUACUGGAUGUAAAACAGAAAGAAGAAAAGAAAAGAAAAAAACAAACAAACUCGACUUCUCUUUACACAGAAAAAAGGAGAGUUUGAAAGUGACUGCAAAAUGGUGAUAAGGCUGUGAAUACCCUGCAUCUGAGAAAUCAGACCAGACUGACUCACAGGGCUCUGUGAGCCAGUGCCACCGAGGCUGCCAAAGCAUGCUGGUGCCAAGCUGUCCCACCAUGCACAGAGCCAGACCCACGCUGCUGCUGCCGCUGCUGCUUGUCCUGGGUCUGCUCCUCCACCUCGCCGACGCUCAAACACCACCAAAGUUUUUAAGAACCCCCAAUGACCAAACAGGCGUGCAAGGAGGUGUAGCAUCCUUCAUCUGCCAAGCUACAGGAGAUCCACGGCCGAAGAUUGUGUGGAACAAGAAGGGGAAGAAAGUCAGCAACCAGAGAUUUGAGGUGAUUGAGUUCGACGACGGCUCUGGUUCAGUGCUGAGAAUUCAGCCGUUGCGCACGCCCCGAGACGAAGCCAUAUACGAAUGCGUCGCCUCCAACAGUGUUGGAGAGACGAGCGCUACCACCAGACUCACUGUUUUACGUGAGGACCAGCUGCCCCCUGGUUUCCCCACCAUAGACAUGGGCCCACAGUUGAAAGUGGUGGAGCGAACACGCACUGCCACCAUGCUCUGUGCUGCCAGCGGCAACCCAGACCCAGACAUCUCUUGGUUCAAAGACUUCCUCCCUGUCAACACCAGCAACAACAAUGGGCGCAUUAAACAGCUCAGAUCAGGAGCCCUCCAGAUUGAGCAGAGUGAAGAGUCUGACCAGGGGAAGUAUGAAUGUGUGGCGACCAACAACGAUGGAACCCGCUACUCUGCCCCGGCAAACCUAUAUGUCAGAGUGCGUCGUGUGCCACCACGAUUCUCCAUUCCACCUACAGACAAUGAGAUCAUGCCAGGCGGCAGUGUCAAUAUCACAUGUGUAGCUGUGGGCUCCCCCAUGCCAUAUGUCAAGUGGAUGCUGGGUGCCGAGGAUCUUACGCCAGAAGACGAUAUGCCCAUUGGACGUAACGUCUUGGAGCUUACAGACGUACGGCAAUCAGCCAAUUACACGUGUGUAGCCAUGUCAACUCUUGGGGUGAUAGAGGCUGUGGCACAGAUAACAGUGAAAGCGUUGCCCAAGGCUCCCGGCAUUCCUGUAGUGACAGAGCGCACAGCCACAAGCAUAACACUGACUUGGGAUUCUGGCAAUCCUGAACCGGUUUCCUACUACAUCAUCCAACACAAGUCCAAGUACUCGGACGACUUGUACAAAGAGAUUGAUGGCGUAGCCACCACUAGGUACAGCGUGGGGGGCCUCAGCCCGUACUCUGACUACGAGUUUCGCGUGGUGGCAGUGAACAACAUCGGCCGAGGGCCACCCAGCGAGAGCAUUGAAGCCAAAACAGCUGAGCAGGCACCCAGCACCGCACCAAGGCAGGUCCGAGGUCACAUGAUGAGCGCUACCACCGCGGUCAUCCAGUGGGAUGAACCAGAGGAGGCCAACGGACAAAUCAUGGGCUACAGAGUCUACUACACCAUGGAUCCUAGCCAGCAUGUCAACCACUGGGAGAAGCAGAUUGUUCGGGGAUCUAACUUUGUCACCAUCCAGGGCCUCAUCCCAAAUAAGACCUACUACAUCAAAGUUUUAGCCUACACUUCAGUAGGUGAUGGGCCUCUUUCUCCAGAUCUUCAAAUCAUUGCUAAGACAGGAGUUCCCUCCCAACCGACCGACUUUAAAGGCGAAGCCAAAUCGGAAACAAGCAUUUUACUGUCAUGGAAUGCCCCGGCGCAAACUGGACAAGAAAAUCAAGUCACGGGAUAUGAGCUUUUGUACCGAAAGAGAGACGACAAAGAGGAGAAACGAGUCAGCUUUGAGCCGACAGCAACGUACCUACUGAAGGACUUGAAGCCCUUCACUACUUAUACUUUUCGGCUGGCUGCCCGAAGUAAACACGGAGUUGGAGCUUACACCAAUGAAAUCUCUGCAGAAACUCCACAGACACAACCCUCGGGGCCACCUCAGGAAGUCAAGUGCACUAGCCCCAGCUCCACCAACAUCCUGGUAAGUUGGCGGCCACCUCCAGUAGAAUUACAAAAUGGGAUCAUAACGCAGUACACCAUCCACUAUGCUGCGACCGAAGGGGAGGAUACAACCACUCGUCAAAUCGUCAACAUCCCUCCGGAAAGCACCCAGUACCUUUUGGAAAACUUGGAAAAAUGGACAGAGUACCGUGUGACAGUCACUGCUCACACAGAUGUUGGAGCAGGACCGGAGAGCCUGCCACAGGUCAUCCGCACAGAGGAGGAUGUUCCUAGCGGGCCACCUCGUAAAGUUGAGGUGGAGGCUGUCAACUCCUCAUCAAUUAAAGUGAUCUGGCGUUCACCGAUGCCCACCAAGCAGCACGGUCAGAUCCGAGGGUACCAGGUGCACUAUGUCAGGAUGGUUAAUGGGGAGUCCACAGGACAGCCAGCCAUCAAGGACAUCCUGAUUGAUGAUGCCCAGUGGGAAUAUGAUGAUACAACUGAUCACGAAAUGAUCAUCACAGAACUGCAGGCUGAGACCACGUAUUCUGUUACUGUCGCAGCCUUCACGACAAAGGGCGACGGUGCGCGCAGCAAGCCCAAGCUGAUCACCACCACUGGUGCAGUUCCUGAAAAACCUCGGCUUAUGGUCAGUACAACCAACAUGGGCACAGCUCUCCUCCAGUGGCAUCCUCCAGCAGUAACUCACGGGCCCCUGCAAGGCUAUCGUCUUCGCUUUGGCCGUAAAGAUGUGGAUCCACUGACCGUUAUUGAGUUCGCUGAGCGAGAGAACCACUACACAACCAAAGAGAUCCACAAGGGAGCCUCUUAUACUUUUCGCCUAUCGGCACGCAACAAGGUGGGCUUCGGUGAAGAGACAGUCAAAGAAGUCACCACAAAUGAGGAUGUUCCAAGCGGCUACCCUCAGAACAUUAAAGCAGAGGGCGCCACCACCUCCACCAUUCAGGUUAGCUGGCAACCUGUGUUGCUGGCAGAACGAAAUGGGCAAAUAGUGAAAUACGCUCUGCAGUACAAGGACAUCAACAGCCCACGCAGUCCCUCCGAACUCUUCAUCACUGCCCCGGAAUCAACAGUCAUCCUGGAUGGCCUUAGGGCAGAUACUACUUAUGAUAUUAAAAUGUGUGCCUUCACCAGCAAGGGCGCUGGUCCCUAUAGCCCAAGUGUCCAAUUCAGGACACAGCCUGUGGAUCAAGCAGUGUUUGCAAAAAAUUUUCACGUGAAAGCUGCCAUGAAGACAUCGGUGCUGCUCACAUGGGAAAUUCCAGACACCUACAACCCUGCUCAGCCUUUCACCAUCCUCUACGACAAUGGGCAGAGUGUGGAGGUCGAUGGCAAGUUAACCCAGAAGCUAAUCACGGGUCUCCAACCUGAAACUCAGUACUCCUUCCUUUUGACUAAUCGCGGUAACAGCGCGGGAGGUCUUCAGCAUCGUGUGUCCACCAUGACAGCUCCGGAUGUCCUCCGCACCAAACCCUACUUGAUUGGCAAGACUAACUCAGAUGGUAUGGUGACCGUGGAGCUACCUGCCGUCGAGACAUCUGAGAGAGUAAGGGGAUAUUACAUUGUGGUUGUACCUCUGAAGAAGCAGCGCACUGGCAAGUUUUUCAAACCCUGGGAGAGUCCCGAUGAGAUGAAUUUGGAGGAGCUGCUGAAGGAGAUAAACCGAACGAGCAGAGGCCUUCGGUUCCAGAGGCAGGCAGAACCCAAAGCCUAUAUCGCUGCUUACUUCAAAGACCUGCCCAAAGAUUUCACCCUGGGAGAUGGCAAGAUCUAUGGGGACUUUGAGAACAAGCAACUUCAGAACGGCCAGGAAUACAUCUUCUUUGUGCUUGCUGUUCUGGAGAUGUCUGAGAAUAUCAUGUAUGCAACCAGCCCCUACUCGGACCCAGUUGUUUCAGCCGACAUCGAUCCCCAGCCAAUCAUCGACGAGGAGGAGGGCCUUAUCUGGGUGGUGGGCCCUGUGCUAGCUGUUGUCUUCAUCAUAUGCAUCGUCAUUGCCAUCCUCCUUUACAAAAGAAAACGAGCUGAAUCUGAAGCUAGAAAAGGUAGUCUCCCCAACAGCAAGGAAAUGCCUCUUCAUCACCCCACUGAUCCCGUUGAGCUGCGACGUCUCAACUUCCAAACACCUGGUAUGGCCAGCCACCCUCCGAUCCCUGUCAUGGAAUUAGCGGAUCAUCUGGAGCGCCUGAAAGCGAACGAUAACCUCAAGUUUUCACAGGAGUAUGAGUCUAUCGACCCCGGUCAGCAGUUCACGUGGGAGCACUCCAACCUAGAGGUCAACAAACCAAAGAACAGAUAUGCCAACGUGAUAGCCUACGACCAUUCCCGAGUCUUACUCUCAGCUAUUGACGGUAUCCCUGGCAGUGACUACAUCAAUGCUAACUACAUAGAUGGCUACAGGAAGCAGAACGCCUACAUCGCCACUCAAGGUUCUCUACCAGAGACAUUUGGGGAAUUCUGGAGGAUGAUCUGGGAGCAGAGGAGUGCCACCAUCGUCAUGAUGACCAAACUAGAAGAGAGAUCCAGGGUAAAAUGUGACCAGUACUGGCCUACAAGAGGGACAGAGACAUACGGUCUAAUCCAAGUGACCCUGCUGGACACGGUGGAGCUGGCCACGUACUGUGUCAGGACAUUUGCACUUUUUAAAAACGGCUCCAGUGAGAAGAGGGAGGUGAGGCAGUUCCAGUUCACGGCCUGGCCAGACCACGGGGUACCAGAGCACCCCACUCCAUUCCUGGCCUUCCUGAGACGGGUGAAAGCUUGCAAUCCUCCAGAUGCAGGGCCCAUGGUGGUACACUGCAGUGCUGGCGUGGGACGCACAGGUUGCUUCAUCGUGAUUGAUGCCAUGCUUGAACGUAUCAAGCACGAGAAGACGGUGGAUAUCUACGGGCACGUAACGCUAAUGCGUGCCCAGCGCAACUACAUGGUGCAGACAGAGGACCAGUAUGUCUUCAUACAUGACGCGCUCCAGGAGGCCGUCAACUGCGGCACCACCGAAGUGCCCGCCAGAAACCUAUACGCCUACAUCCAGAAACUGACCCAGAUAGAGGGCGGAGAGAAUGUCACCGGCAUGGAGCUUGAGUUCAAGCGUUUAGCUAACACUAAAGCCCAUACAUCACGAUUCAUCAGUGCCAAUCUCCCCUGCAACAAAUUCAAGAACCGCCUUGUUAACAUAAUGCCAUACGAGUCCACGCGAGUGUGUCUUCAACCCAUUCGAGGAGUUGAGGGCUCUGACUACAUCAAUGCCAGUUUCAUUGAUGGGUACAGGCAACAGAAAGCCUAUAUUGCAACACAGGGACCACUGGCAGAGACCACGGAGGACUUUUGGAGAAUGCUCUGGGAGCAUAACUCUACUAUUGUUGUAAUGCUUACCAAGCUUAGAGAAAUGGGCAGGGAAAAGUGCCACCAGUACUGGCCAGCAGAAAGGUCAGCCAGAUACCAGUACUUUGUGGUGGACCCCAUGGCUGAGUAUAACAUGCCCCAGUAUAUCCUGAGAGAGUUCAAAGUGACUGAUGCCAGGGAUGGACAGUCACGGACAGUAAGGCAGUUUCAGUUCACAGACUGGCCUGAACAAGGAGUGCCAAAAUCAGGAGAGGGAUUCAUCGAUUUCAUCGGCCAAGUACAUAAAACAAAAGAGCAGUUCGGCCAAGAUGGUCCUAUCUCGGUGCACUGUAGCGCGGGUGUGGGUAGAACUGGAGUUUUCAUCACCCUCAGCAUCGUCUUGGAACGAAUGAGAUAUGAGGGUGUAGUAGACAUCUUUCAGACAGUGAAAAUGUUACGGACGCAAAGACCAGCCAUGGUGCAGACAGAGGAUCAAUACCAGUUCUGCUACAGAGCUGGCUUGGAGUACUUGGGAAGCUUUGAUCACUAUGCAACGUAAAAGACCCAGUAUUGGAAGAUAAAAGCAGAGGGCCCUUUGGAAAAAGAAAACCCAGUGAGCCUCUCUUCUGAGCCAUAAAUUCCUGCUUGAGAAAGUACUCCUUAACUCCUUGCUAACAACUCAUUACGUGUUGGAUGUGCGACAUGACUUGUCAAAAAACGUAAAAGAAAAAAAAAAAUGAUUCCCAGGAGGACCAAGUAUUUCCCCAACCCCGAUAAAACCUCGCCUUGACUUAAAGUGAGGGAAUCCUGACUGUUGAAGCAAUAUACGGAAUUACCUUUUCUUUUGCUUCAAGGAUUCAUUUUGGGGCUCGUAAAACUGAAUGAAACCAACACAACAAAAAAGUAAAUGAACAAUAAUGACAUCGUCAGAAAUGCAUCAGUGAUUAUGAACCAUUACGAGAGGCACUGGAGGCACACAGUAUUGCGGGGGAGGAAAAAAAAACAAAAGAACUCAAUGCACAUUGUAAAGAAAAAAAAAAAUCUGUUUCACAAUCAAAUACACACAGACAACCCAUCGCAAAAGAAGACAAUGCUUGGUCCACAAGAGGAGGACAGACUUAAAGUAACAAUGAAUAAAUACCCCGUUUUCUGUCACAAUGUUCAUCGUCUAAAUUUUGGGAAGAGGGUAAAUGAUCUAUGAAAUAAAUAAAAAAAAUUUAUUGAUUUAGUUUUUUAGUACUUUAUUAUACAGCUGAUGUACUUUUUUUGAAAUGUGGGAAUUUCAUUUUUUUACACAAAUUUAUCGCUUGGGGAAAAAAGUGAUAAAAUGUAUUUACGUAAAUGUUCUUUUUUUUUUUUUGUUGUUUUUUUUUUAAAGCUGUAGAACUGUUCUAACGUGCUAUUUUGCAGAGAAUCUCUUUGCUUUUUUUUUUCCCCUCUCCCUCUCAUUUUGUUGCACUUGGUGCACAGAACAGAAUCCACACAACCAAAAUUUAACUUUGUUCAGGAGUUAUAUUUUGGUCUUGAUUUUUCUGGGGGGGGGGGGGGUUUGUUUAAUUUUUUUGGUUUUUUUUGUUUCUGUCCAUGAUCACAUACAUGGUAACUUAAUUACUCCCGUGAGAUAAACUGGGGCUUUGUGGAAUCAACAGGGAUGAGCAAAGUAUGAAGUUGCUGCUACCGAUUAUCUUAGUUCUUCCAUGUUACAAUGAUGAGAGAACCUGAUGAAUCCAAUGACAUAUAUGACUAUAUAAAUAUAUGGUAUAGAUUGUCAAAUAUGUGAAAUAAAUAUAUAUAUAUUAAAGUAAAUAACAUUCUAAAUAUAUUGAUAAAGUACAUAAUUUAUGAGUAAAAUGUAUAUGAAAUAUGGAUCGUCUAUGAAAUCUUUUAAAUUGAGAGUAUGUGUGCUAUGGGGGAAAUGAAGAGAUUUUUCACUGGAAUGCACAUCAGUAGGACAAAACUGUAUUCUGAUUCAGUGCAUCUUUUCUUGUGCAAUAAAUAUGUGUAUGUUAGGUAGGGUUUUACGUGGAUAUGUUAAUCACUCAUUGACAUUGUUGUUUCCCCCCGCAAGUGAGGUGUGGGAGUGGGAAUGUCCAGGUGCCAGUCGAAGCAUCACUGGUGCAUUUUUUUCAAGCUCUCGUACACUUUGUAUUUAGAGACAGAGGGGUCACGCAGCCGCACUCACGUUCCACACAAUAGGGCAAGGUACAAAGACGUCACUUUGUCGUGGUUCUUUAAAGCGUUCAGUGGUAAGGACAUUUCUUUCAUUUUGCAUUUAGAGUGCCUUAUAUUUAUGCCUGUUUUUAUAAUGUUUCAUUUAACAUGUUUAAUGUAUCCUUUGAGUAAUCAAGGCAUUUAGUGUAAAUGUACAGUUUAUUUACCUUUAGUAUUCAUUUGUCACAUGAUGAGAUUAUAUAUGCAAAUAAGAACAUUUCAAAGGUCAUAUGUGUUAUUUUCAGUGGCCUUAUUGUGGCUGAGUGAAUUAGAGGAAAACAGUUAAAAAAACAAACAAAACAGCCAACAUUGCAAAUAAUUACCAGACAUGUUUCAAUUUUUCAGACAUGGCGUCAGGGAAGAAGAGACUGCAGGAAAGUGGUCUCAGAACUAAACAGGAUAAAGUAAUAUCCAUCGUGUCUCAAGGCCCAACCUACGGUUAAUGAACUUUUUACCAUUUCUAACUACAGUCACAUUUGACAGUAUUAUUUAGAUAAGAAAAAUGGAUUAGGCCAAAAAAAAAACAAACAAAAAAAACAAACAAACCAAGGAUGCCCAGUGCACAGGUCGUCACCGAAGGGUUUCUUCUUCAUGCCUUAGGUUUUUACUUUAUAUGUAGAGAAAUACAAACUGCAAACAAAACAUCAUUUAUGUUAUCCUGACAAUCCUAAAUGGUGUCUCAAGCCCCUUUUUUUUUUUUUUUUUUUUUCCCUUUUGU